CUUCACACCAAGAAGAUCUCAAGGAGGUUUCAAGGUGGUGGAUGAAUCUUGGAAUCAAGGAAAGGCUGAGCUUUUCGAGGGACCGAGUGGUUGAAAGUUUUCUGUAUGCUGCGGGAACAGCUCCUGAGCCUAAACAAGCAAGUCUAAGAAAAUGGCUGAGCAAAGUCAUUAAUUUGAUUCUAAUAACAGAUGAUGUUUAUGACGUUUAUGGUACCCUGGAUGAACUAGAAAUCUUCACCAAUGCGGUUGAGAGGUGGAGCCCUGAGGAGAUUAAAGAGCUACCUGAAGGCAUACAGAUAUGUUUCUGGACAUUGCUAAAUACUACAAAUGAAAUGGCAGCUGAAAUCGAGCAAGAAAAUGGUUGGACAUCAGUUUUACCAUAUCUACAGAAAACGUGGACAGAUUUUCUGAAAUCCUUGCUCGUGGAAGCUAAGUGGUACAACAAGGGUUACACGCCAUCACUUGAAGAGUAUCUUAACAAUGGUUGGAUAUCUUCAUCUGGGCCUCUGCUUUCUGUGCUUGCAAUCCUGGGUGUAGCGGAUAGGAAGACACAAAAUGUUGCAGAAUAUCUUAAAGAUUGUCAGCAGAUUAUCCACCAUUCCUCACUCGUAAUCCGGCUUUGCAAUGAUCAGGGAACAUCUGCGGCGGAACUAGAGAGAGGAGACGCUGCUUCAUCAAUCUUAUGUUACAUGAGAGAAGCAAACGUUUCAGAAGCAGUGGCAAGGGAGCAUAUCAGAAGCCUAAUGGUGAAGGCCUGGAAAGGGAUUAAUGGAUACUGUAUUUCGUGUCCUCCAUUUCUACAAGAACCAGCCAAAUAUAUCACAAAUGCAGCAAGAGGAGCACAUUUUAUGUAUCAACACGGAGAUGGAUUUGGCGUCCAAGAUCGUGAGACUCGAGACCAUGUUCGGUCCAACUUCAUUGACAAUGAACAGACCAAACUAUUGCCGUUCAAUGUUCAUGCAUGGCUCAAUUAA